UACCUAAUAGGAUUUUUUUCACAGUACAGUAUAAUGAUAAUGCUACACACUAUGUGGCCAAAAGUUUGUGGACACCUAUCACACCCACAUGUGGUUCUUCCCCAAACUGUUGUCACAAAGCUGGAAGCACAGUUGUGUAGGAUGUCUGUUUAUGCUGUAGCAUUACAAUUUCCCUUCACUAGAACUAAAGGAGGCAGUACGGUGGUGCAGUGGUUAGCACCGUCACCCCUCAACAAGCAGGUCCUAGGUCGACUGGGGCCUUUCUGUGUGGAGUUUGCAUGUUCUCAUCAUACCUGCGUUGGUUUCCUCUGGGAGCUCCGGUUUCCUUCUACAGUCCAAAGACGUGCAGAUUAGGUCCACUGGCUACUCUAAUUUGAGUGGGAGUGUGAAUGGAUUUCUGGGACUUGCCCCUCAAUAGAUUGGCAAUCUGUCCAGAAUGCACUCCACCUCUCCCCUAAUGUCAGCUGGGAUUGGCUCCAGCUCACCUGCGACACGUAAUGGAUAAGUGGUAUAGAAAAUCAAUGAAUGGAACUAAAUUGUCCAAAUCUGUUCUAGCAUGACAAUGCCUUUGUGCACAAAACCUUUCUUAUUGUUAAAAUUACAGAGGAGAGGUGUUUUAUAGGGGUGUUUAGCCUGGUGGCACGGUGGUGUAGUGGUUAGCACUGUUGCCUCACAGCAAGAAGGUCCUGGGUUCGAGCCCAGCAGCCGAUGAGGGCCUUUCUGUGUGGAGUUUGCAUGUUCUCCCCGUGUCCGCGUGGGUUUCCUCCGGGUGCUCCGGUUUCCCCCACAGUCCAAAGGCAUGCAGGUUAGGCUAAUUGGUGACUCUAAAUUGACCGUAGGUGUGAAUGUGAGUGUGAAUGGUUUUGUGUCUAUGUGUCAGCCCUGCGAUGAUCUGGUGACUUGUCCAGGGCGUACCUCGCCUCUCACCCAUAGUCAGCUGGGAUAGGCUCCAGCUUGCCUGCAACCCUGUGGGACAGGAUAAGUGGCUACAGACGAUGGAUGGAUGGAUGGAUGGAUGGGUGUUUAGCCCACUCUGACCUGUUGCUCAUGGUAUUGUUUUAAAACUCUGCUUAAGCCCUGUCUUCUUUCAAUAACCUGGUCUGUUUUUUAGGUGGGAAAAGAAAAGUUUCACAAGUCUCAGCAUUUUGAUUACUGCAAUGACCUGCCGAUGAUGGUGGGAGCAGAGAAGCCUGGUAUUGGAGGAGAACUGCUCUUGGGCCAAAGAGCAAAGCUUAAAUCUUCAGUGUUUCCCAAAGGAGAGGACAGUGAGGCCCCCUCAUGGAUCGCAUUUGACAAGCAGGUUCUUUGCUUCGAUGCAUAUUUUCAAGAACCUGUUACUCACAGCAAAGAGGAAACUUACAGGAUUCGAAAAUGUAAGGUUUAUUUCUACCCAGAAGACGACACCAUACAGGUUGUGGAGCCAGAGUUCAAAAAUAGUGGCAUUACACAAGGAACACUUAUCCGCCGCCAUCGCAUUCCUCUCCCGGCUCCUAAUGAUGACAAGUUUUACAAUUUGCACCACUUUAAUAUCAACCAGGAGAUGGUUUUCUACUCCAGGACCUUUAUGAUAACAGACUGUGACCCUUUCACACACUACUUCCUGAGGAAAAUGGGUGUGCGUGUUAAUGCCCCUGCUGCAAUACCAACAGACCCGUAUACUAAAUUUCGUCAGAAGCAGGAGGACAGCAUGAAGCCACUGCGCCCGUAUGAGAGGCAGGAUACCUUAAGGCAGUUCCUCAACCAUGAUGGCAAUGUUCUGCGUUUUUAUUGCUAUUGGGAUGAUACCCAGAGCAUGUAUGGAGACUGCAGAGAACUGAUUCUGCAUUACUUUUUGGCAGAUGAUACCAUAGAAAUACUCGAAGUUAGAUAUGCAAACUCUGGUCGAGAUACUGCUCCUAAAUUUUUACACAGGAGCAAGCUUCCAAAGCAUGCUCCUACUCCCAAACGCCUGCCUGGAGAAAUAACAGACCGUACUGUCCUCAAUGUAUUUGGGCCAAUGGGACAUGGGGGUCGCUACAUUUUGGACAACCUCAAGACUGGUGCUGUACAUGAGGAGUGCUACAAAGACUGUGACCUGAUGAUCGGAAAGGUCGUUAACGUCUGGGGCCGGAAAGUGAUGAUUAGUGACUGUGACAACUUCACCAAAGAGUACUAUCGUUUCAAAUAUGGCAUUGAGGACUUCACUCCUGUGAAGUAUCAGGCCCCACCACCAGCUAAAGUAGUUCUCCAGGUUCCUCCUUAUACUGGCUUUGGAUCAGAGGAGGACUCUCUUUGCUCCUGCCAGGGGCUGGUGCUCAAACCCCCUCAGAAAGACUUCAGGAAGCUAAUGGAAAAAGACAGCCAGGGUCUGGUGAGCCACAUACUGAGAUUUUUGGGCAAAAUGUUGACAGACAACCCUAUUGACAAGGACCGCACAUUCAUCAUCUCCUUCUACCUCAGUGAUGAUACUAUAACAGUGUAUGAACCCAUCCAGAAGAACUCAGGCAUUAUUGGAGGAAAAUUCCUGGAGAGAAGACGUGUGAAGAAGCCAGGACAGACGCUCUUUAAGAGUGAGAUGUCGGGGUACUACAAAGCUCAGGACUUGUAUGUGGGAGCCAGAAUCAAUAUAAACAACCAUCUUUUCCAAUUAAUGGAUGCUGAUGAAUAUGUUUUCAACUAUAUGGAAGAGCAUGCAGAAGAGUUCCCCAAGGCCAACAUUGACACCAUUUUGAGCAAGUUCAAAUCAAUUCCUGAAGAGAAGCAAAAGGAAAUGAGACAGUUCUUGGCAUUAAGUGAUUCAGGCAACACUGGCUUCAUUCCUUAUGAGUCUUUCAGGUCUCUGUUGGCAGAUAUGGACAGUCAGCUGUCGGAGCAUGAGAUCAUGACGUUAGGCCGUACCUACUCGGUGAGGGAGCAGCCUGAGCUGGAUGUGGGCCUCCUGCUGGCCAUCGCUCAGACUCACCUGAGGAAGAAACAGUUUGAGAGUUUCUCAGACAUGCUGCAAGUUUUCACACACGAGGACAGAGACAGAAGUGGGACUCUUUCCACCAAAAAGGCCAGAAUUAUCUGUAAAGCCUUCCACUUGCCACUGGAUGAUGACCUUUUGAGAGCCCUUCUGCACAAAUUUGAGAAUGAGUCUGGGAAGAUGGACUAUCAUGCAUUCCUGUCAGGGAUCAACUGGAGAGAGAGUGCCUCCACACCACUUCCACCAGAUGCUAUCAUGAAAUUCAAAAAAGACUGGAAGGGAGAAGCAGUAGGUCCUGCAGUAAAAACCAUCAACUACUCUCUGUUACUGGAGGAUGUCUUUUACAGUAUUCACACUAAUAUUAUCAGCUGAGAGGCCUGGAGAUGUCCUCUCACCCACAGACACCAACAUACAAUAAUGAGAACAUUGUGAGCCAUAUGUUAAUGAAAGAAAGUUCAAAUAAAGGUAUACCCCUCUCA